AUGCCAGCUUCGCAACAUUUUGUUGACGCCUGCUGCUUCUCAUCAACCGCCACUGCGUUCUCAAAACAAACCGAUGCCUCCGGAAGCGGCGGCGGUGCCGUGGACCAGGCACAGCAAUUGUUUGUUAGUCAUCGUGCCCUUAGCCACCUGCACGAAUGCAUAGUCGCCCUGGUCUCCGCUCGGACCGAGCUGCCCUACUUCAGCGCAAACGAGAUGUUCUGUAAACCCUUUGAACUCCUCUUACGACUGGGUACGCGUACACCGUCCCCUUUUUUACUGUUUGUACUUGGACGGUAA